AUGAAUGGUUGCUACUUUGCAUGGAGAACUAAAAAUGUGCUGGCAGAUAUAUCACUCAAAGUCAACGAUGCAGAGCUUGUAACUGUGGUUGGAAAAACUGGUUCUGGCAAAACUUCUCUACUUUUAUCCAUGUGCGGCAAGGUAGAAAUGACUCAGGGAUCAGGUCAAAUGGUUGGCACCAUCGGCUACCUCGAACAGUCGCCAUGGAUUAUGAACGACACCAUGCGCGCAAACAUUUUAUUUGGCCGCAAUUUUGAUGAGCAGUUUUACUGGAAGGUCAUUCACGCAUGCGCGCUCACAGAGGACUUGAAGGCAUGGCCUGAAAGUGAUUUGACAAUAAUUGGCGAGCGCAGGAUAAACAUAUCAGGAGGCCAGCGUGCUCGGUUGGCACUGGCCAGAACAAUUUAUUCGCGAGCAGAUAUUUACGUUUUGGACGACCCGCUGUCUGCAGUUGAUGCUCACGUUAAGCGACAUAUUAUUAACAACGUUUUACUUGGCAAGGGUAUUUUGGCGGGCAAGCUGCGCGUUGUUUCUACAAACUCAGAGCACUUGUUGACAUAUUCUAACCAGAUCAUUAGCAUGGAUAAUGGAAAGGCCAUU